UGUCUCUGGAGAUUUUGCAGUCUCAACUUUGAGUGCAAGUAAGCAAGGCAAAGCUUCUGAUAAAAAAAAAAAAAAAAGAGGAAAAGGGAAGAGCAAGGCAAAGCUAUGGACGAAGAAUACGCAAUGGAGGAUCCUACUCCUUUACUCGAUUCCGCUUCUGAUUUUGCUUAUUAUCCAGGUGUUCAAAACGACGCCGCAGCAAAGGAUUUUCUUGAUCGUUUUCCCCUUCCUGUCGUUAUCAGUGCUUUACAAACAAAAGCAGGUGUGCCUGGUUUGGAGAAUACUUUGGUUGCUUGUCUAGAAAGAAUCUUUAAGACAAAAUAUGGUGCAUCUCUUAUCCCACAGUAUAUGUCUUUUGUGCAACUUGGUUUGAGGGCAGAUUCUCAACUGGUCAGAUGUCUAGCUUGCAAAACGGUUGCUUGUCUUCUGGAAAAUUUUAAUGAUAAAACCAUCUCACCUGCACAGCUAAUCAUUGACCAUGACAUUCAUCCUCUUCUGCUUGAUUGUCUCGUAAAUGGUAAUGAACAAGUGGCAAGUGCAUCAAUGGAGGCAAUUAAGAAAUUAGCUGGCUUUCCAGAGGGCAUGGAGGUCAUCUUCCCAGCGAAUAAUGGCAACAUUACACAUCUCAGAACUUUAUCUGCCCGGUGUUCAUCAUUGGGACGUAUCCGGAUUUUAUCUUUAAUAGUGAAACUAUUCUCUGUUUCUGUCGAUGUGGCAUCAGCAGUUUACAAUUCAAACCUACUUAGUUUGUUGGAGGCAGAAGUCAGAAAUUCAGAUGAUACCCUAGCAACUUUAAAUGUUUUGGAGCUCUUUUAUGAGUUAGCAGAAGUCCAGCAUGGUACAGAGUUCUUGUCAAGGACCGCUCUUAUCCAACUUCUUUCGUCUAUGAUUAGCAACACAUCAAUGGAUGCAAUAUUAAGAUCAAGAGCAAUGAUGAUAAGUGCAAGGCUUCUAUCCAAGGAAAAUAUAUUCACAUUCAUUGAUGAAUCUUGUGUUAAAACUGUUGUAUCAGCCAUCGACGGAAGACUUCAAUCAGCGAGUCAAGAUUUGAAUGAAUGUGAAUGCGCACUUGAAGCAUUGGGGCAAAUUGGAUUGUCAAUCCCAGGAGCAACGCUGCUGCUCUGUAUGUUACCUCCGGCUGCAAGACAUGUUAUUAAUGCUGCCUUUGAUAGACAAGCACGUGGCAAUCAGUUGGCUGCAUUGCAUUCUCUUGGAAACAUAUCAGGAGAGUCUCGGUUGGAGAGCGACAUAAUACUUAAUUCUGAUGCAGAAGAAAAUCUUCGACGCUUGAUCUAUGAAACGGCAUCCAAGACUUCAAAGCUGACACCAUCAGGUCUUUUCUUAUCAGUUCUUCAACAGGAUUCAGAAGUUCGUUUGGCGGCUUACAGAAUGAUAACUGGUUUGGUGGCUCGGCCUUGGUGCCUGAUGGAGAUAUGCUCAAAACAGGAGAUUGUAAAUAUAGUAACCGAUCCAAAUACUGAAACCACAAAAAUAGGUAUGGAAGCUAGAUAUAAUUGUUGCAAGGCAAUCCAAAAGGCUUUCAUGGCCUCGGGUAAACUUGGCACUAAUCCUGCUCUUGUUGGAAUUGCUACCAAGUUGCAGGAAUCUGUUAGCAGAGGUCCAUAUCUCACCGGCAAGCCUCAUGAAGUACAACCUGUAGUAAUGACAGCUGACAGAUUCUAAUUUCCUUGAAGAACAUACUUAAGUAGACAAGAUGUGGACUAUUUUCAUACAGCUUUUGAUCUAACAUUUUGUAAUAUUAGUUUGGAAGCUCACCCUUUGCGCAAAUAUUUAAUAAUUUACCCUUGGAUUGGAUUUAGGAAAUCAGAACUCUUUCAGACAGUAAA